CAAAAAAACAAAACCAAGCAAGCCGACAGCCGCACUUGGAAAAAAAUGGGUAAAAGCUUGGUUUUUGCCUUCUUUUCUUGUUCAAGAACAAGAUUUAGGAGCUUAGAAACCUUCUCUCCCUGCUAGAAAUUCCGGAUCUGCUCUGCUCCUUCCUUCCUCACCGCCGGCUGCUCUUGAUUGUGGGUGAUUUCCGGGCAAUUUUUUCGAUCCGUGAGUCCCCUGCAGGAUUUUCCCCUGCACUGCCGCCGGCCUUCUCCCAAACUGCAGCUCGGUUUUGCUUAGAGCAUAAUUAAGCUUAAUUCAUGUGUAAAUUGCUUGAGUUGGCUGCUGUGAUUUUUGGAAAGAAAACCCCGUGAUUAGCUAGUGUUUUGGCCAAUUUUGGAAGUUCAGUCACUGUUCACGCGCACCAGAUUCCUGAUUAUUCUAUCACCCUAGCUCUUGGAGUGAGUUUUCUGCUUUGUGCGAUUGAGGUAAGUAAAUUUAUGGUAAUGCCCGUACAGUUUUUAAAAGCAUAUUUUGAUUUGUUUUUGAAGUGGUGGCAGAACUAAACCCGUUUUAUGCAAAAAGUAAGUAUGACUGAUUUGAAAUGAAAUUUUUAUGCUUUUCAUUAAAUUGAGCAUGCCUACUUGAAAUUUAAUUGAUUGUCCUGAUGAUUGGAAAGUGAUUGGUGAAUUAUGAUUUUUCUGUUAACUUCAGCCUGUUUUGUCUCCAAUGUGGUCAUGUUAUUAGUGACCCUGCUAGUGGGGGUUAAACACUAGCACAUGUCGACAUGUUAGUGAUAGGGCCGGUUCAUACGAGUGACCCUGCUAGUGGAGAUUAUACACCAGCAAAUAGUGUGCCUGCCAGUGGGAGGUUUAUAACACUAGCUGUGACCUAUAGAGGAGAUGUCUAUUUCGUUCCCAUACUGUAUCCGUUUUUCGUAAUUGUACUUGUCGGCAUGCUAUAAGUUUAAUAAGGGGCACUCCAUAUUUUACUUACUGAGUUUAUCUCAUAGUUUUUCCUUGUCCACCAUUUCAGGAAACGAAACCGAGGACGGGGAAACCACGGGAGUGACGAGUUAGAAGGCUAGCCAUUUCGAGAUUGAUAUAGAUUUUAGAAAUAAAUCAUGAUCUUGUAAACUAGAGUGUAUUUGGAGAUUUUAUGAUAUCAGAGAAAAUUAUAAAAUUUGAUCUUCAGA